UCUUUCCCUUCCUCUCUUGCUUGUGUAGCACAGAUUGGACUGUGUGGUUGAUAGGUUAUAGCGCAUAGACUUUCUCUCUCUAUCUUCCCCCCUCUAUCUGUCUCUCUCUCUCCCCCCUCCAGACCAUGCUAAUCUGUCCUCUAGCAGACAGGAACCAGAAGGAGUUGUGUUCAGUGUUGUGUGAUGUGUUGGAGGAGCAGUCUCACAGGGAACUGUUUGCCUUAGAGCUGGGCUCUGGCACCAGACAGCAUGUGGUCAACUUCGCCAUGAACACCCUUCAUCAUCUGGCAACGCCCUUCAUCACCUGGCAACUGUCAGACAUCAAAGAGGAGUCCCGUGACAGUAUCAGAUCCUACAUAGCGGUGACCAAAGUGAAGACCGUGCUGCAGCCUGUGCACCUGGACGCCAGCGAACCCUGGGAGAAGUGGGCGGGCCUUUCACGCGGGGCCUGUGAUGUCAUCGUGGCCAUUAACCUGCUUCAGUACAGCUCUUUCGACACCGUAGAGGGCGUCGUUAAAGGAUCAGGACAGAUCCUCAGACAAAAUGGUCUCUUGAUCACACAUGGGCCCUACGCCAUCAACGGCACCAUCACCCCCAGCUGUAUGGAGAACUUAGACCAGGAACUACGACAGAUGAACCCAGGGUGGGGUCUACCAGACAUCGACGUUCUGAGACAGCUCUGUUCCCCUACAGGAACCCAGGGUGGGGUCUACCAGACAUCGACAUUGAGACAGCUCUGUUCCCCUACAGGAACCCAGGGUGGGGUCUACCAGACAUGGACGUUCUGAGACAGCUCUGUUCCCCUACAGGAACCCAGGGUGGGGUCUACCAGACAUCGACAUUGAGACAGCUCUGUUCCCCUACAGGAACCCAGGGUGGGGUCUACCAGACAUGGACGUUCUGAGACAGCUCUGUUCCCCUACAGGAACCCAGGGUGGGGUCUACUAGACAUGGACGUUCUGAGACAGCUCUGUUCCCCUACAGGAACCCAGGGUGGGGUCUACCAGACAUGGACGUUCUGAGACAGCUCUGUUCCCCUACAGGAACCCAGGGUGGGGUCUACCAGACAUCGACGUUCUGAGACAGCUCUUCUAUAAGGAUGUUUAGGACCAAGCCUUCAGAAUAUGUAACAAAGGUAUAUCUGCUACUAGCUCAGUCCUUCUAUAAGGAUGUUUAGGACCAAGCCUUCAGAAUAUGUAACAAAGGUAUAUCUGCUACUAGCUCAGUCCUUCUAUAAGGAUGUUUAGGACCAAGCCUUCAGAAUAUGUAACAAAAGGUAUAUCUGCUACUAGCUCAGUCCUUCUAUAAGGAUGUUUAGGACCAAGCCUUCAGAAUAUGUAACAAAAGGUAUAUCUGCUACUAGCUCAGUCCUUCUAUAAGGAUGUUUAGGACCAAGUCUUCCCAUUGUUUUCCCAGAUAGAGAUGCAACAGUAUAAUAAAUACCUGGUCUUCAGGAAACGUUGCCGUGGAAACAGGGCUUCUUCUGCAUCUGAACAGAACAUCCUAAUGACCCAUAUUUUAAACAUGUAUUUCAUGUAAACAAAGUAUAUUAAUGCAAAAUAAAAUGUAUGUGUGCCCUUCCCUUUUCUGCUCCUAAACGACAGAAGCAUUUCGCUACACUCGCACUAACAUCUGCUAACCAUGUGUAUGUGACAAAUAAAAUGUAUGUGUGCCCUUCCAUUUUCUGCUCCUAAAUGACAGAAGCAUUUCGCUACACUCGCACUAACAUCUGCUAACCAUGUGUAUGUGACAAAUAAAAUGUAUGUGUGCCCUUCCAUUUUCUGCUCCUAAAUGACAGAAGCAUUUCGCUACACUCGCACUAACAUCUGCUAACCAUGUUUAUGUGACAAAUAAAAUGUAUGUGUGCCCUUCCAUUUUCUGCUCCUAAAUGACAGAAGCAUUUCGCUACACUCGCACUAACAUCUGCUAACCAUGUUUAUGUGACAAAUAAAAUGUAUGUGUGCCCUUCCAUUUUCUGCUCCUAAAUGACAGAAGCAUUUCGCUACACUCGCACUAACAUCUGCUAACCAUGUGUAUGUGACAAAUAAAAUGUAUGUGUGCCCUUCCAUUUUCUGCUCCUAAAUGACAGAAGCAUUUCGCUACACUCGCACUAACAUCUGCUAACCAUGUGUAUGUGACAAAUAAAAUGUAUGUGUGCCCUUCCCUUUUCUGCUCCUAAAUGACAGAAGCAUUUCGCUACACUCGCACUAACAUCUGCUAACCAUGUGUAUGUGACAAAUAAAAUGUGAUUUGAUUUUACAA